AUGAGUGAGUUUAAUAUCACAGAGACGUAUCUAGGGUUUUUAGAGGAAGAUACCGAGGUUACCAUGCCUAUUGCUGCUAUUGAAGCUUUGGUUACUUUAUUGACAGUGAAGAACCCCGAGACAGCAGCAGAGAUGAUCAAUUCUAUCAAAUCUGCCACUGAAGAAUUGAUUAAUUCCAUCCCUAACUCUAUGUCAUUAAGAGCUGGUUGUGAUGUUUUCAUGCGUUUUGUUUUGAAAAAUACUCAACUUUACGGUGAUUGGGAAAGUUGUAAAAGACAUUUAAUUGAAAAUGGUCAGUUAUUCGUUUCGAGAUCAAAACAAUCUCGUGACAAGAUAGCUAAGAUUGGUAAAGAUUUUAUCACUGACGAUGAUACCAUCUUAUUACACGGUCAUUCAAGAGCUGUCUUCUCGUUAUUAUCCCAUGCUGCAGAGAAUUUCAUUAGAUUUAGAUGUGUGAUCACUGAAUCAAGGCCUUCUGACCAAGGGAUAAGAUGUUACAAUGCUUUGAAAGCAAAAGGGAUACCUGUUACAAUGAUUGUGGAUAGUGCAGUCGGCAGCAUCAUCCACAGAAUUGAUAAAGUGUUUGUGGGUGCUGAAGGUGUCACUGAGUCAGGUGGUAUUGUCAAUAUUAUCGGCACAUAUUCUAUCGGUGUUUUAGCAAAAAUAGCAAGAAAGCCAUUCUUUGUAGUCAGUGAAAGUCAUAAGUUCGUCAGAAUGUUUCCUUUGUCGCCUGAUGACUUACCUUUAGUCGGUGACUCUUUAAAUUUUAACCGUAGCGACAAUGCUAUUGCAGCCAAUACCGAUAAACUGGAAGAUAAUGACUUCGAUAUAACUCAAGGUCGUAAAACAGACUAUACCUCCCAAGAUUAUAUAACAGCUCUGAUCACAGAUUUAGGUGUAUUGACUCCAAGUGCUGUCUCGGAGGAAUUGAUUAAGAUGUGGUACGAUUAG